CCGCCGCCCGGCCGCGCUGAUGGAGCUGGCGGAUCCCGCGCGGCGCCGGGAGUGAGCGGCGGAGCCUCGAGCCGGACCUCACGGACUCUCGCCAUGGAGGAGGAGGGUGUGAAGGACGGGGGCGAGAAGCCCCAUGGAGCACGCACUGCGGACAAGGCUGGUUGGAUCAAGAAGAGCAGUGGAGGCCUCCUGGGUCUCUGGAAAGAUCGUUACCUGCUCCUCUGCCAGGCCCAGCUGCUGGUCUACGAGAAUGAGGAUGAGCAGAAGUGUGUGGAGACUGUGGAACUGGGCAGCUAUGAGAGGUGCCAGGACCUCCGUGCCCUCCUGAAGCGGAAGCAUCGCUUUAUCCUCCUGCGAUCCCCCGGGAACAAGGUCAGUGACAUCAAAUUCCAGGCACCUAGCGGGGAAGAGAAGGAAUCCUGGAUCAAAGCCCUCAAUGAAGGAAUUAACCGGGGCAAGAACAAAGCCUUCGAUGAGGUAAAGGUGGACAAGAGCUAUGCCCUGGAGCAUGUGACAAGGGACCGGGUUCGUGGGGGCCAGAAACGCAGGCCACCAACAAGAGUUCACUUGAAGGAGGUGGCCAACGCAGCCUCGGAGGGGGUUUUGCGCCUGGACCUGGACGUUCGGGACAGUGGGCCACCUGCGGUUGCCCCAGGCCAAGACGUCAGCCCAGCCCGGCCCCGGGAGAUACUGCGGCCACUCAUGCCUCCUUCCAAGCCUUCCCCAGCACUUGAGAGGAACAACCGUAGUGAUGGGGCAGAGACUCCUGUGGGGGAGAGAACCCCAACCCCCAUCUCAGCCAGCUCCGAGGCCCUCUCUGAGAGCCAAGAGGAUUCCGAGACGGCGGCCGGGGAGGACAGUGGUCCUAAGUUGCCCCCCAGCAACAUCUUGCCUGAAAAACUAAUGGUGAGCUGGGACAACUCCAGCCCAGAGGAGCCCCCCGCUCCUAAGAGCUCAGAACUGUCUCGGGUGCCCUCUUCCGACACUCUGGAGGCUGCCCCCAGGGAGGGGAGGGAGCCCCCCGCGCCCCCACCCAAGGUCUUACCAGAGAAGAUGAAGGUGCGUUUGAGUGGGGUGGAGGUUUCUGACCCAGCCCCCAGUCCUGCGGCCCCAGAGAACUCUGCCUCAGGCCCCGAGCAGGUCUCAGUGAAUGGCGUGGAUGAUAUCGCAGAGCCAACCAAGCCAUCCCAGGCCCCGGGCACCCCAGGGACUUCCCCCCUGCCCCCCUGGGACUCGCCACCUCAGUUCCAUCCCCGCUCCUCCUCCCUUGGGAACUUGCUUGGGGAAGGCCCCCCGCACCCGCGGCUGCCCAGCCUGUUUCGGGCCCAGCUGGAGGUGAAGGUGGCCUCAGAAGAGACGAAGAAACUGUUGGACAAAGUGCUGAGCAACGAGCCCCCCCCUGCAAGCACGGAGACCUUGCUCAGCGAGGCCGUGGAGCAGCUGAGGCAGGCCACCCAGGUCCUGCAGGAGAUGAAGGAUUUGGGAGAGCUGAACCAGGAAGCCCCUGGGCUGAGGGAGAAGCGGAAGGAGCUGGUGACCCUGUACAGGAGAAGCGCACCCUAGCCCUGUGGCACAGAGCCACGCUCCCCCUGUGGCCAUCGCAUCUGUCACAGCCCAGCCCGACUGAGAAAUGUGCUCGUGGUCCAGGCUGUAGAAGGACCCCUGGGCACACCGGGUUUGGCCAGGACUUGAGGAGACUCCUGGUGUCCUUCUUACCCUGCCCUGACCAGCGGUGCCAGGUACCAGCCAGGGUCACUGUGGCUGCCUGGCCUGGCCUGGCCUCCAGGCCUCUGGCUUGGCUUGGCACACACACUCAGGCCCUGUGUGCUGUGUGCUUCUUCCAAACAGCCUAGGGCUUUGGCACAGUGCUUGGGGUUUCUGGGGUUUCUCUGGUCCCCACCCCUAGUAGUUUACAUUCCUGACUUCUGAAUAGAGCAGAGCUGAGCCCUUCCUCCCCCCCUUCCCCAUCUCCAGAUGUUCCCAGGCAACAGCCAGUCCCUCAGAGGUCUUUGGUGUGGGCUGUAGGGUCAUUGGUCCAGCUGGGCGAAAUCUAGGGCCCAGCUGGAGUCUUACGCCAAAUGAUAAGCAUCUUCCAGAGGAAGCCCCUGGCCGAGUGGCCUGCUCUGGGCCUGUUGCCUUUCCUGCUGCCCCCUCUGCUUUGAUGAGCUGUGAUUGGAAGCUCAGAUCAGGAAGAUUCUAGGGAGAAGAGGAACUCCAAGGAUCUCCUAGUAGAGACUAGACUCCCGGGCCUGCCUGUGUCUAACCCUGCAGAUUCCUGCACAGGCGAACAUCAGAGUGGCCUGAUGUUAGCAAAUGAAAAACCCACCAGGUACCAGAGGCACCCAGGAGGCUGAGAUCUGAGGAUCAAGGU